CAAGAUGCAGCGCGAGCAAGAAGACCGUCUCUAACCGGCCAUUUUGAGGCUAAUUGGAGCGAUUUCUGCAAUCUUGCAGCAUCCAGGGAGAAUCUGCACUUGAGGGGCCCCAUCAUGCCCGGGAACUUACAGGAAGGCUUCGGUUGCGUCGUAACCAAUCGGUUCGACCAACUAUUUGGCGAUGAAUCCGACCCGUUCGAGAUCUUAAAAGAGGCUGAAAUCAAGAAAGACAAGAAGGAGAAAGACAACAAGACGGCCGCGUCUAAACAACAGCCCAAGAAGGAAUCUCAGAAGGACAGGAAGGUGCCCGUAACAUCCAGCGACGCGAAACCAGAGUCCCAAGCUCCCAUGACCUCGAGAAAAGAAGGUGUCAGAAGGGUUGGCAGGAAGCCUGAGCAGCAGCAGUCUCAAGGUGAAGGGAAACCUGGUGAAAGGAGGCCAGACAGAAGACCACCACCUCGUGAACGACGCUUUGAUAGACCUGUUGAAGAAAAAGCUGAUGGGGGUGAAUUCUCCUCUGAAAAGCCUGUUGAUCGUGACAGACCUUUGCGUGGACGUGGAAGAGGACGUGGCCGUGGUCGUGGUCUGGGAAGAAGUGAUGGUUUUGACUCCCGUGGAAAACGUGAAUUUGACAGGCAUAGUGGAAGUGACCGAUCUUUCUCUUACAGUGGCCUGAAACCAGAAGACAAACGGGGUGGCAGUGGAUCACACAACUGGGGAACAGUAAAAGAUGAACUUGGUGAACUUGAUCAAUCAGCUGUUACUGAAGAGACACCUGAGGGAGAUGAACAACAAGUAGUUGACUCUGAGAACAAGGAAAACGAAGUAGAAGAGGUUAAAGAAGAAGGUCCAAAGGAAAUGACCCUGGAUGAGUGGAAAGCCAUGCAAGAUAAAGAACGAGCAAAAGCUGAGUUUAAUAUCCGCAAACCUAAUGAGGGUUGUGACAGCAGUCAGUGGAAGAAGGGUUUUGUUUUGCGCAAACCUAAAACUGAAGAGAAACGUUUUGAAAGCGAGGCAGAUGUCCAUCAUUUGGAAUAUACGGUCUCUGAUGAAUCUGUUUUGGAACAUCACUUCCGCAAACCAGCAAAUGAUAUAACCUCCCAGCUGGAAAUCAAUUUUGGUGAUUUGGGUCGCCCUGGCCGUGGCGGCAGAGGGGGCCGAGGUGGCCGUGGACGUGGUGGUGGCAGGAGCGUCCGUGGAAUGAGGACUGACAAGUCAAGCAUCUCUGUUCCAAAUGUUGAUGAUCCAGAAGCUUUUCCAGCCCUGGCCUAAGUGGAUGUUGUCAGCCUGGCCUGAAGUCCUCGGGGAGGGGGGCCCCUCAAAGAGGCUUGCAUGCUUAAGGAACCUGUCUCAACUAAUAUAUUAACAGAAAAAAAAGGAAAAAAAAACUGUCAUCCAUGCCAUCCGUACCUACGAACUGUCCACUGGAAUUGUUGAAAUGGACUUCUCUUGCUACACAGAAGCAACAAAUGUUGGUAGCUGGUUUUAUAUCCACAAAAAAAGUAAAUGGUAGCAGAGGGAAAAAGCUGUUUUCAUAAUAAAUUUUCAGAAAUUA